UUAAAAGGUUCCCAGGAGUAGUUGGUGUGAACCUGUGCUCAGCCGAAUCUCCUAGGGUCUGGCUCACACCUCUGGCUCACCUGUUCCUGCAGCCAUGUCUUCCCAGCAGCAGCAGCAGCAGCAGUGCCUGCCCCAGACGAUCCAACAGCAGCAGGUGAAGCAGCCGUGCCAGCCGCCCCCUGUCAAAUGUCAAGAGACGUGUGCACCUAAAACCAAGGAUCCAUGUGCUCCCCAGGCCAAGAAGCAAUGUCCACCCAAGGGCACAGCCAUCCCAGCCCAGCAGAAGUGUCCCGCAACCCAGCAAGCCCCCAAGAGUAAAUAGAAGUAAGGAUGGACUGAGAUAUACCUGCCUGCCAUCCAGGCUACCAGAUGCAGCCUUCUCUUCCUUCUGUUUCUCCUCUGAUCCUCAGCUCCAGGAUUUGCCCUCCUCUCCCACCUCCCCCUACUUAGGGUCCAACGAAGCACUGUCAGGAUUUCUUCCUACAGAACCCCUUGUCUCACACAUCCCUUGCUCCCAGUGUUCUUCUAUUCCCCACUCUGACUCUCUCCUAGAUGAACAUGAGUGAGUUCCCAGCCUCUCCAGCUUCCAGUUUGGCCACAGCUAUGGCCCCAUCCAUGUCCUAAAGCAAGAAAUAUAUCUGGGCUCAUGGGGACACCAAAGGCUGAUGCAUAGCUUCUGUCUCACUCCCUUUCCCAAUUCCCCAUCCCUGAGCUUCCCUCCUAUUUCUUCCUCUAAUAAAUCUGCGCUUCAUAUCAUU